CAUGGCAACAUCCAAGUCCAGAAGAUGUUUUGAGGCUGCACAUCCUCCUGCUGCAGGCAGCGGCGUCAGCCUUCCUCGCCACGCGGUGUGCAGGUUGGGGAGGUGAUUGUUGCACCGGGGAGCAGGAUUAGCGUGGUGUAGACACGCUCAGAGCGGCCCAGGCCUAGACGAGACCCGCACGGACCUCGGAUCUCACCCGGACCAGACCAGACCAGACCAGACCAGCUCUCCUCUCCUCUCUCCUCCCAGCGCAGCUCUCUUCGCAGGUCUCCCGGGCCAGCCCCGCCGAGCACUGACUUACCUGGAGCUCGGCAGGGGCCUUACCUGAGCGCGCCUCUGCCAAUGGCAGCUCACCUGAGAGCGCCUCCGUCCAAUCAGCUCGCGGCUCGGCCCUGCCUCGAGUGCAAGAAUCCGGCUCCUCCUGAGAAAGUUACCUGUGGGGUGCGGGGCCGCGGCUUCCCGCUCCGGCCUCCUCCGCAGCCAGGGGGAGGGGGCUCUACCUGUCCGACCUCCUCGGCGGCGGGAGAGGUAGCGGGGGGAAGGAAAGCGGAAUUACCAGUAGCUCUGGUUCUGCCGUCCCGGGCGUUCACACACCUUCACCUGCACAGACUUGAAAGUCCAGUUUCCCCAGAGAGACUGAGGCACCGGGAAAGGGGAGAGAGUUCAUUGGAUCAAACAUGUCACAAGAGACGGACAAUAACAAACGACUUGUGGCCUUAGUGCCAAAUGACACUCCAUUCAAUACUCGACGAGCCUACACAAGCGAAGAUGAAGCUUGGAAAUCAUACUUGGAGAAUCCUUUGACAGCAGCCACCAAGGCUAUGAUGAGCAUAAAUGGAGAUGAGGACAGCGCUGCUGCUCUCGGCUUGUUGUAUGAUUAUUAUAAAGUUCCCAGAGAUAAAAGGCAGUUGUCUGUUAACAAAGUGAGUGACAGUCAAGAAGACCAAGAUAAAAGGAGUUGUCUUGGUGCUAAUGAGACUCAGAGUAAUUUGAGUGGAGGAGAGAACCGAGUGCAAGUCCUGAAGACAGUGCCAGUUAACCUUUCCUUAAACCAGGAUCACCUGGAGUCUUCCAAAAGGGAGUACAGCACAAACGUAUCUGGGAGCCCAACGCAGGUUUCUGCAACUGGAAUUACUGUGGUAAAGGUAGAAGAGUUCACCCCAGUCUUUAUGGCCCCGCAAGUUCAUUAUACAAGAGGAGAAAAUGAGGAACACCGUGGGGUUAUCUUUGAACAGACUCAGUAUGAAAUGCCCAACAUUGCCCCCCAUACAAACUAUCUCAAAGAUGACCAGCGUAGUACUCCUGAUAGUACUUACAGUGACACUUUCAAAGACGGAGGAACAGAGAAGUAUCGUAGUGCAUCAGUGGGGGCUGAAGAAUAUAUUUAUGAACAAACAGCAAGCAGCACUUUUCAGUAUACUCUAGAAGCUACCAAGUCAUUGCGUCAAAAGCAGGGAGAGGGACCCAUGACCUACUUAAACAAAGGACAGUUCUACGCCAUUACUCUGAGUGAGACGGGUGACAACAAGUGUUUCAGACAUCCCAUCAGCAAAGUCAGGAGUGUGGUCAUGGUUGUAUUCAGUGAAGAUAAGAACAGAGACGAACAGCUGAAGUACUGGAAAUACUGGCAUUCACGGCAGCACACAGCUAAACAGAGAGUCCUUGACAUAGCUGAUUACAAGGAGAGUUUUAACACCAUUGGGAAUAUUGAGGAAAUUGCAUACAACGCUGUGUCCUUUACUUGGGAUGUCAAUGAAGAAGCAAAGAUUUUCAUCACAGUGAAUUGCCUGAGCACAGAUUUUUCUUCACAAAAAGGUGUAAAGGGGCUUCCUUUGAUGAUUCAAAUUGACACUUAUAGCUACAAUAAUCGCAGCAAUAAACCCAUCCACCGAGCCUACUGCCAGAUCAAGGUCUUUUGUGACAAGGGAGCAGAGAGGAAAAUUCGUGAUGAAGAGAGGAAGCAAAACCGGAAGAAAGGGAAAGGCCAAACAGCACAAGGCCCAUGCAAUAACUCAGCUGAAGGGAAAUUGACUGCUAUCCCUCUGCAAAAAAAGAGUGACAUCACCUACUUCAAAACAAUGACUGACCUGGAUUCCCAGCCAGUUCUUUUCAUACCAGAUGUUCACUUUGGAAACCUACAAAGGACUGGACAGGUUUACUAUAACGCAGAUGAUGAAAGAGAAGGAAGCAGCAUCCUGGUUAAAAGGAUGUUCCGGCCGGUGGAGGAGGAAUUUGGCCCAUCACCUUUGAAACAAAUGAAAGAAGAAGGACUGAAAAGAGUGCUUCUGUAUGUGAGAAAGGAGACUGAUGAAGUGUUUGAUGCUUUGAUGCUGAAGUCGCCUACAGUAAAGGGGCUAAUGGAAGCAAUAUCUGAGAAAUAUGGACUUCCAGUAGAAAAGAUUGCAAAACUUUACAAGAAGAGCAAAAAGGGUAUCUUGGUAAACAUGGAUGAUAACAUCAUUGAGCACUACUCCAAUGAGGACACUUUCAUCCUGAACAUGGAGAGCAUGGUGGAAGGCUUCAAGAUCACACUGACCGAGAUAUAGUUCAGCUCGGAGCCAGAGCAUUUUUCCUGAGGAACCACAGCAUUUCAUCCUUGCUUAACAGAAGAAACUUCCCCAGGAACCUUACAGACUUGUCAACCUUGACCAGAGAAGCUGUUACAAGACUACUUUGAAAAUAUCAUCCUUUCUGCUCUUUGACACUGAAAAUGUGCCCAACAAACACUGAUUUAAGUUUGUCAAGGACAAGACCAUAUGCAUUAACUUAGUCCUUUAUUUAUUGCUUCCCCAACUCCAACGUACAAACAUUUUUUAGUCCCCAGAUUGAUUACCAGGUGACUCACUGGUAAAUGGCAACUUUUUAAUCCCUACAUUAAUGUGGAUUAAAAUCCUCCCAGAUUAGAUAAAAGAAUCUUACUGGUCCAUCUUGGGAAAUCCAGUUGAAACUGCUUUAACAAUAGCUUGCUCUGCAAUAGCUAAGAAAAAUGGAUACUCCUAAAUAGUAUAGGGCUAACGAUGGGGAAAGGGGCCAAGAGUUCCCCUGUUCAGACUGAUCCACAUUGCCCUACAGUGUAUAGUCUUGCCAAAUACCUCUGGUAGUUCUCAGCACGUAGCAACAAGGACUUGUAAGUAAGACAUUCAGCUACAAUGUAAUUUGUAAGUAAACUGGACAUAAACCAUUUUAACCUUGUAUAUAAUGUUUAUAAUAUGCAAUAAUAUAUUUUACCUACUCUGUGGGCAUGUUUACUGCCACUGUUUUUUCUUUCUUUUUUAUGUGUGCAUUGGGAUUAGGGAUUAACACAUUCUCUCUUCUCUUAGAGGUUUAGAUUUCUGCAGUCUGCUGAGUAGAAAGGCCAUGUUGAUAAUCACAGGUGUACUUAUGGGUUAAAUCCCAUAUUUGUAUCAGAGUAUUUACAACUGUUGGUCAAAUUAAUCUACUGGAAAAAUUUAGCCAAUUGCCUUUAAAAAUGGCAUAUACCACAAUUGUGUGUCCAUUCUGUUUGGGCUAGAUCCACAGAAGGAUUUAGGCACCUGCUUGCCUCUCUAAGUAUCUGAGUACAACAUUUAGAUCCUUAAAAACCCUGCCCAGUUGCAGCCUGACACAAGAGGCACUUCAAAUGUCUGCUUUUGGGUAUGCCUAAAUCUGACAGCAGUGCCUAGCUCACACCUAAGCACUGUUGGGACUCUGAAAUUAGGCACAAUCUAUAGCACCUGAUCUAAUAGACAUUUGCAAAAUGGACAGAGGAAGAGGAGCAAUUUGUCCUGUAACCUAGCGGUUAGAGCAUUCACUUGGAUCUUCGGAGGGUGGAGGGGCUCUGGAGUCGUACCUUUUCUCGUCUGAAAAGGACUUGAUCUCAUCUAACCCAGUGGUUCUUAACCUUUUUAUAGACUCGAGGCACCCCUUGCUUGACUCACCCCUUAACUUUUGUGAAUUGAGCAGCACCCCAUUUCAAAAACGAAUUUAUUAAUUAAUUAACUUAUUUAUUACAGUACUUACCUCCUUGCAGAGAGGUUGGACAGUGGGGACAGGGCAGCAGCCAGGCAGCGAAGAGCCUGAGCCUGCACUUAACCUUCUCACACAUGUUUGUCUACUUGUACCUAGGGGCACCCUUCAAAAGAGCUCCCAGAACCCCACUCUAGUUGAGAAUCACUGCCCCACCUGUUAGGCCUGAGGGCCACUCUUCCACUUCGCAUAGAAUAAUUAAAUCUUGAUUUGGUCAGAGAGAGAGAAACUAAUUGCUAGGGCAGGGGAGGGGCAGAGAAGGAGACCCAAGUUCCAAUCCCUGUCCCAUCAAGCCAAGGAGGGAUUUGAGCCCUAGUCUCUCACAAUUGUGGACAAGUGCUCUAAAUGGUAAGGUUAUUAGGUAAAAUGUGUGAAAGGGGCAAUGCCUUUUAGGUUUUGUGAAAAGGGACUGAGCUAGGCAGAUGACUGCUGGAGAGGGUUUAUGGUUGUGGAUUCUGUGUGGAGGGAAAUGCCCUUGAGUUAAAUGCCCAGCUCUCUUUGAGGAAUGGAGCUAAGCCCUGCUAAGUUUGUGGGGCUAAAUUACAAAUCUUUUCCUAGAAACAAACCUAAGUGGCUUUCUUUAUGGUGUAUUGACUGCUGUGGUUCCCAUUCUUAGCCAUCUAAUUAGGACCAUAGGACUGGAGAGGGCCUCCCAAGCUAUCAAGUCUAAUUCCCUGUGUUCACAGGCAACCCAAGGAUUUCCCAAAGUGAUCAUUUCAAAUCCCAGUGACCACUUCAAAUGAUCACAUAUACAACAAUAAGGAACACCCUACAGAAUGCCAGGAACACCCUACAUUAUGCCAUCAGUAAAAGCAGGCGAGACAAGGAUGCAGUUUGUACACUGCCACAGGAAAGUGAUUGGUUAAUAGAUAGUCAGCUGAUCCUAUGAAGAUGACCAUGUCCCAUGAUACAGAGGAAGGAAGCCCCUCACUUCCUCUUUCUCCCACCUCCAAGUCCAAGCCAAUUUGACCUAGGAGGAAAAUUUCUUUCUGAUCUUACAUUUGGCAGUUGGAGGGACCACGAGAAUAGGAAGACCCUCUGAGUUUUUGAAGUAGUGACAGGAGAAUUGGUACACUUGAAUCCAAAACCCCAGCAUCAGUUGUGGCCGAAACUCCAAUGCUUCAAAGGAAGGCAAAUUCCCACCCCAGAAGCCAAUAUCAUUGAUAAGGGACAAAGGAUACCUUCAAAGUCCCUACAGGUAACCAGCAAAAGUGCUGAAGCAUGGGAUUAUCAGACCAACCACACUACCCAAGCAUGAAUUGUAUCUACUGUGGUGACACCUAACCUAGGCCUGUGGCUCCUGAGGCAGAAAGGUACACAAGUCCCUUUGUGAAUCUAGUCCUUUUAGUUUUCCUUAUUUUUUUUCUCUGCCAUCUUUCUUUCCAUUAUGGCACAGUAUUUGUUGUUUUCACUCAUGUCAUUGGAACAAGCACCUCAAGAUGUCUUGCCAAAAUUAAUGGAGCCUGAUGCUCCACUGUUUUGAACUUUGCUUGGUCAUUUCUGUCCGUGCAUAGUGAUCAGUGUAAAAUGCUGCCAUUCUGACUGGGGAGGAUUUCGCACUUGCUUUGCAUGGAUGAACGUGACUUGAGAAACAAGCCAACAAAUGCCUUCGGACUGGUUGAGUUUGAGUAGCGCCAAUGAAACCAGCACUCUGUGGUAGGGAAGUUAAGCACUCACAUAAGCAGUAAAGCCUAAUUGUUUAGGCCAGGAGACUCGGAUGUAGUGUUUUCAGAGUUGACUUGUCUGCUUUUCUGGCCCCAGUCCUGGUCUUCUGUUUUUAAUUUCUUUCUUGCCCAUGCCAUCACUGCCUCUUUGUAACUCUGUCUCUGUGAAACUGUGUUGCAGUCAUGUUUUUGUCUUUUUCCUAAUACACACAGUCUCUCAAGGCUCAGCCUAUGUUGACUACAGUCAAGAGUGGACAUAGUAAAAGGAUCAGAAUCUCCUGGUGUUUGAACUGAAAUCAGUUGUUAGGUUUGUGUUUGAAACAAGGGCCUAUGCUUAGUUAGGCAUGGCCUUCAUUUCCAUGACAGUUGAAAAAGAAAAAAAGAAGAAAAUUCUGGCCUGUGGUAUGUGGAUUCGGACAUAGUACAGAGGCCUGAGCAGUGUGGUUGGUCCUAGUAGGUUUUUUUCUUUUGUGAAUGAAAGAAGUAAGAGGCGUUUGUAUGGAAUUCUAAAGCCUUUCAUUGGAGUCUUUCAAUCAGGUCCCAUGACCCAAUGGGAAAUGUGCGUGUUUCAAAUUAAGCACCUGGGUAUAUGUAAACAAGCACACAAUCCCUGAUCCCAUCCCUUGUUUGCAUCAUUCAGGCUCUGCUGUCACUCUUGACCAUCUGUGCCUUUUGAUGCUGAAUUGUUUUGCAUUGCACUGAACUAGAAGAUGCUGAUAUGGAUUCUAGAUUCACCACAUGGUUGUCAUAAAUAAUGGCAGGCCCUGACAAGCCAGCACAUGCAGCCGCAAGGAUCAGGUUCAUAUUAGACUUGGUAUUCUCUUCAUUUGUCUCUUUCUUCUCUCCUGCUUUAGCUGUCCUGAAAUUAAUGUCUUGUGGGAGAUCCUUUGUACUUAAGCACCCUGGCAUGCUGGUGAGGAGUGAAUGACUGCAGUGUUUCAGGAAAUAUCAGGAGGUGUGAGGCAUCACGUCAUUCUAAUCUUCCUUUUAGGACUUUAGUUAAAGAAACUGCAUAAGAUCCCAUGUCAGUGACUGAAGAGCCAAACUCUGCUGGCUUUAGUCUCACUCAGUCUCAGUGAAGCUAGAGAGGCUGCUGGGAUGAGUAGAGCAAGCAGGAUUUAGCCUGACAUAAAGAGAGAUUUUUAAUCCAACUAAUAUUGAGGCAUUUUUGACUUAUCUGUCAGGACUUGAAGGUCAGCGGGCUCUAUUUUCCCUCUUCGAGAGUGCGACAUUGCAAGCACUUAAAGCAAUGCCAACUGCACAGUUUGGGCACGUGUAGAUGAAAUGGGGGCCCUAAAUUGGAGUGGUGGGUUUUUAAAAGCACCGCUUCAAUUUAGGGCGAAGUAAACCCCCAUGUCAUGUACACCUAUGUCUUGCCUGUGGGUGGAGCAGUCCCUGUGCUGUGGGGAGGGAGGUGGUGCUUCCCUCUGCAGCAGCGGCACCCCAGUCUAGGUGGCACCCGCCUGCAGUCAUCCGGCUCGGGCAGUCACCAGAGGCACCGCUUCUGUGGAGGGAAGGACUGGGUCUCUGUGCAGCUCAUGCAGGGAGGAAG